ACAGUCAAAGAGCAUCUAAAUAUUGUCUUUGUUGGUCAUGUUGAUGCCGGCAAGAGCACAAUGGGGGGUAAUAUUCUUUACCUCUCUGGCACCGUUGACAAGCGUACCAUGGAAAAAUACGAAAAAGAGGCCAAGGAUGCUGGCCGUGAGACUUGGUAUCUUUCAUGGGCCCUCGACUCGACACCACAAGAGCGUCUUAAAGGAAAGACUGUUGAGGUCGGACGCGCUUAUUUUGAGACCGACACCCGUCGCUACACCAUCCUUGACGCGCCUGGCCAUAAAACAUAUGUUCCCUCUAUGAUCACUGGUGCGGCUCAAGCUGAUGUCGCCAUCCUCGUCAUCUCCGCCCGCAAAGGAGAAUUUGAGACUGGGUUUGAGCGCGGGGGUCAGACGCGCGAGCACAUCAUGCUGGUCAAGACUGCUGGCGUCGGAAAGAUCAUCGUCGUGAUCAACAAGAUGGAUGAUCCCACUGUGGGGUGGGAAAAGUCGCGCUUUGACGAGAUCAAGGACAAGCUGACGCCGUUCGUACGUGGAGCGGGCUAUAAUCCCAAGACGGACGUGACCUGGAUGCCCGUGUCGGCAUACACGGGAGCGAACCUGAAGGACCGCGUUGCGUCGUCUGUCUGCGCGUGGUGGGAUGGUCCCUCACUACUUGAGCACCUCGAUAAGAUGCCCAUGGUCGACCGACACCUUCAUGCACCUCUCAUGAUGCCCAUAUCCGAAAAGUACAAAGACCUUGGUACAAUUGUCGUGGGCAAGAUCGAGUCAGGGCACAUCCGCAAGGGCGACACGCUCCUGCUCAUGCCGAAUCGCGACACCGUCGAGGUCGCGACGCUGUACAAUGAGCUCGAGGAGGAGGUUCCUGCGGCGGCGUCGGGCGACAACGUGCGGCUGCGGCUACGGGGCGUCGAGGACGAGGACAUCAGCCCGGGGUUCGUGCUUACAAGCCCGGCGAAGCCGGUGCGGGCGGUGCGGCAGUUCGAGGCACAGCUGGCGAUCUUGGAGCACAAAAAUAUCAUCUGUGCGGGGUAUACGGCUGUCAUGCACGUGCAUACGCUCGCAGAAGAGGUCGCACUUGCGGGGCUCUUGCAUUACUUCGAUAAGGCGACCGGGCGCAAGUCUAAGAAGCCUCCACAGUUUGCUAAGCGGGGACAGCGUAUCGUCGCGUUGAUUGAGACGGCUGCACCGGUCUGUAUCGAGCGCUUCGCGGAUUACCCGCAACUCGGCCGAUUUACUUUGCGUGACGAGGGAAGAACAAUAGCGAUCGGGAAGGUCACGAAGUUGAUCGAGUCCGGCGUCGACACGGAUGAAGUCGUAGGCGGCGUCGCUAACCUCUCUGUAGCGAGCUCUGCCGCCCCUGUGGCUUGAGCGAUACCCAGAAUGACCUCUCACUCCCUUUGAAGUAGUGCUGGCCGUGUAGCGGGUAUUCAUGAAUGAUAUGGGCGAGCACGGGAGGCGAUGUGUAGUGGUGGGUGUAUUGGUUUCAGAGGGAGGAUAAAGUGAGCCAAGAUUGUACUUGUUUCGACGUUGGGCCGAUGGGCCUGUGUAGCGCGAUAUUGCUAUACCAUAUAACGAAAGGCCGUACGUCUGUAGUUACCCCCAUGUAGCCCUCGAUGUUUCCUAUCCUCCCUGUCCCCGAGGUCGAUUCACACCAGUCCACUCCCGGGCUCCUUAUCUAUUUUUUCGGGCAAGCCGAGUGCUCCCCAAGUCACGUC